AUGGAAUACGAGAACGACCAACGCGGCUACGACGACGAGCCUCGCGGCUAUGAGCGCGACCGCAGCAGGUCACCGCGCCGUGACGGCCGUGACAACGACAACGCCCGCGCCCGCAGCGCCUCUCCCAACGGCCGUGACAGCCGUGGCCCGCCGCCGCAGCCUCGCGACCGUGAGGCAGACGAGAGCCGCAACGAGGGCUCCAACCUCUUCGUCACUGGCAUCCAUCCCAGCUUGACCGAGGACGAGGUCACACGUCUCUUCGAGAAGUAUGGUGAAGUCGAGCAGUGUAACAUCAUGCGCGACCCUCACACCAAGGAGUCUCGUGGCUUCGGUUUCGUCAAGAUGGUCACCUCUGAGCAGGCAGACGCCGCCAAGGAGGGUCUGCAGGGCGAGGUCCACCAAGGCAGGACUCUGAGCAUCGAGAAGGCUCGCCGUGCGCGCCCCCGUACUCCCACCCCGGGCAAGUACUACGGUCCCCCCAAGCGUGAGUUCGGUGGCAGGGGCGGAGGUCGCGGAGGCCCUCGCUAUGGCGACCGCUACUCUGACGACCGUCGCGGUGGAGGUGGCUACGGCCGUCGCGACGACUAUGGCUCUCGCCGCUACGACGACCGUGGCUAUGGUGGCGGCCGACGAGACGACUACGGCCCUCGUGGUGUAGACCGCUACGCUUCCGACCGCGGGUACGGUGGCAGGGACGGUGGCCGUGACGACCGUCGCGGUGGUAGCGGCGGCUACUAUGACCGACCCCCUCCCCCAGCUGGUGGUGGUUCUGGAGGCGGCUACGACGCCCCUCCUCCUCGCGAAUCGUACGGUGGAGGCCGCUCGUACGAGGGUGGUGACUACGACCGUUCUUACCGCUAG